UAGUUGAAAGGUCCAUUGUUAAAGUUGAUUUUUUUACAAAAUUCGCUAAAAAAUCAAAGAAAUCAUGAAACUUUGCAACAUCGAAGACCAAUACAAGAAAUUUCCGUCGCUCAAACGGGAUGAAGUGAAGAAAUUGAUGGAUUGGUGUCAAAAACAGGCACAUUUACCGCGAAAUAUCACAGAAUUGGAAGUUAUUCUCUUUUUGCAUUCAAAUUACAACAAAAUUGAAGCGACAAAGACCACAAUUGACAAUUAUUACACUUGUCGCACGCACAUGGGCAUGUUCUUUGGAUCGCGGGACGUCACGGGGCAAGAUGUGAAAACAGCACACGACAUUUUCACGAUGAUUCCAUUGCCGCAACUCACGAAAGAGGGACACAAAGUUAUUUUAGCUCGUCUUCACAACACGGAUCCGUCGAAAUUUGAUCUUGCGCAAUGUUUAAAAUUAUUCAGCAUGUUUUGCGACACAAUGCUCCUGGAAGAAGGUUGCAUGGAAGGUCACGUCAUUAUUUUGGAUUUAACGAACGUCACAUUGGGUCACGUAGCUCGUCUUUCGGUAAUUGCGAUCAAAAAUUUCCUGUAUUACUUGCAAGAAGCACUUCCGUUUCGUCUAAAAGGGUUGCAUUUCAUCAACAUCGUGCCAUUUGUCGAUAAAAUUGUCUUUUUGAUGAAGCCUUUCAUGAAAAAGGAGCUUUGGGAUGUCUUUCAUUUGCAUUCAACGAUGAAGACAGUCUACGAGAAAGUCGAUAUGAACGUAUUUCCGGAAGAUUAUGAAGGAGGACAGGAGAAACCAAUUAAAUUUUUCCACGAAAAGUGCUAUCAGCAUCUUGUAGAGUCGCGAAAAUACUUUUUAGAAGAUGAACAAUCGAAGAAGGUGAAUGAAAAGUUGCGUGCUGUCAAACGUAAGGAUGCGGGAGACGUUUUCGGGCUGGAAGGAAAUUUCAGAAUCAACAACAUGGAUUUUAAUUUUAUCGCCAAAUUAGACGUUUCGGAUAUGUCAAAACGCUUCCCAGAUUUUAGGGAAGAUGACAUUCAAAAGAUCCGAAUGUGGCUCGAAAAGUCUCCGCAUUUGCCAAAAAUCACAGAUUAUGAAAUUUUUCGAUUUUUACACUCGACGGAUUUUAGUGUAGAGACGAGCAAGACAAAAAUUGAUAAUUUUUACACAUUUCGCACAAUUUCGACGGAAUAUUUUGAGCAUCGGGAUCCAGAUACGGAGGAAAUUCAAUAUAUUAGUGAAACUGUAUGUCAUCAAAUUCUGCCAAAAAGAACUCCCGAAAAUAAUGCGAUAGUUCACAUGAGUUUGCUUGAUCCUUCCAACUUUAGCUUCAAAAAUUACCUAAAAAUUUCAAACUAUGGCGGCGAAUUCGAAUUUAUGUCCAACGAAAAUGGCUUCGCUGAUGGCAUUGUCGUUCUUGUCGAUCUCAAAGGCGGCACAUUGGCCCAUCUGGCGUCAUUGAACUUAUUUGAACUCAAAAAAUUCGUUUUUUACUUGACAGAAACUUAUCCAGUUAAAUUAUAUGGCGCUCAUUUAAUAAACGGCGCUUUUCCAAUGCUGAUAGACAAAAUUCUCGCUCUUGUGAAGCCCAUGUUGCGAAACGACUUGGCAAAUUUGUUGUUUGUUCACAACAGCGUCGAAAGUUUAGCGAAGCAUAUUCCCUUGGAGUGCCUGCCGAACGAUUACGAAGGCGGCCAAUUGAAAUCAAUAAAAGAAUUGAGCCAAGAUUACCGGAAAUACGUUUUGCAGCAUCGUGAUUAUUUCUUAGCUGAACCAAAAUACCGCAGAGUUGACGAGAAAUUGAGACCAGCAAAGAUGAAAUCUAGUAUGGAUAUUUUUGGUAUGGAAGGAAAUUUUAGGAAAUUAGAUUUUGAUUGAUUUUUUUUUGUGAAUUUUGAAUAAAAU